AUGAUAUCCGACGAAAUACAGCUGCUUUCCCACCUUCCUCUCGACAUAUUAUUCCUUGUCCUAGAUCAGCUUGAACCGCCAGAUCUGGCAAAUUUAUGCCUCACCUCCCAAUGCCUUCACCGAGCCGCGUUGCCUCACCUGUAUAAAUGUCUCACCUUGACGGACAGCCUAGACUCGUCGUCUCUGGCUCAACGCGCCGCUCGAAAGCACGGCGCACUUGUCCGAAUACUCCGGCUCACCAUCAAUUUCCAAGGCUGUGCCGAUGUCACUUGCGACCUGUGCCUCCACGAGGCCUCGGCAAAAUUACGCGGCCAUGCAUGCUGGGCCGUUGCAAACCCAGGCGGCGGUCUGCCCCCAGCGGCAAAGGAGCUGUUGGAAGGAUACCAAGGGAUACUCCCGCAUCUUGAGCGCAUCGACGUAGUAUUCCCUGCCAAGGUCAACCACGUCCCCUAUGAGCCCAACUAUUUUCUCCACCAUUCAGACCCCAGGUCUUUUCUGCGACUGGAAAACAUGCGCCUCGUAACCAGGGCCGUGACCAAGGCUCUGUCGCGCAACGAGACCAUCGCCAAGUUGAAGCUGGUCAACUACCCCCUCUUGUGUCCCUUUGGCACGGACGAGGCGGAAGGACUUGCGUGGCAAAGACUGCUAGACCGGAUGACGGAGUUUGACCUGUGUUUGUUUGGCGAUCAUGGAAGAGCCGGAGGUGGCAUGAUUGACUCGUCCGACCCCCGAGAACCUUGGCCGACUUUUUACUCAGCCAUCUGA